AUGGCUAUCAAGCUUCCUGAAAUUCCUAUCAUAGAAGAUAUUUAUGAUUUUGACACAAUUACCCUAAGAGAGGUAACAGAAAAGGUGCAAUUAACUCUUUAAAAAAUUGAUAAUAUAGAAUAAAAAGAAUAAGCUUAAAUUUUAUGGUUGAAGAAAGCAAAGCGAUAUUUAGAAUUAGCAUUAUAGGAAAUAGAAGAGAGAAAAGCUAUUGAGAAUUUUGGUAAUUACUGUGUUUCGAAUAAUGACUCCAUUUUAAUGUCAAAUGUAGAAGAUACAAGUGGCAUAUCUGAUUCCUCAGUAAAAAAAAUGGAAUAAUAGAAUAAUUAAGCACAAACCAGUAAUAAGUAAAAUUAAAAAAAUUCCUUUGGAAAUAUUGAUGAAUGGAUAAAGCUGCAUUAGUAGAUUUCAUAACAAUCUGCAUCAAAUUUAUAAAAUUAAUAAGAAAAAAAAUCUGCUACGAAUUAGCAGAAACACUAUUCUGUCCCAUACUAAAUCAAGGAAAGUGAAGAGGAAGAUGAUGAAAAUUAUUAAUCUACACCUCAGCAAAUAAAUAAGCAUGAUAACACAGAUUAAAGGAAAUUUAAUUCUCAACACAAAUUAUAAGAUGAUGAGGAGGAGGAUGAUGAUGAGAAUGCUUACGAAAAUUAGAACAACUAUGACGAAGAGGAAAAUUUACACUCUGCGUCAGUAAUGAAAAAUCAAAAGUCAGCUUAUGAAAAAAACCAAAAAAACUAUAAACAAGCGAAUAAUGACUUUUGUAAUAAUAGCAUAAUAAGUGGAAAAUCAGGAGGAAGCCAUACAUCCUCAUAGCUCAAAUAUAUAGCUCAUCAUAAAAGAUUGAAAACUAAAUCAAAAUAAGAAGAGAUGCAAGAAUUUAUUCGUUAAACUCUAGAAAAAACAAAAAUAACUUAAAGUUCGUAUGUUGGUGGAUCAUCUGGUUAUACUUAAUAGUAUUUUAAUAAAACUAGCACUUAAACUUAGGGUGAAGAAUCCAGUGAUGGAACUGAGAUUUCAAUCCCUAAGAAAAAAACUAAAUCCGUUAGUAGUGCUUAAGUAACAGCUACAUCGCUACCUAAAAGGUAAAGUAUAAGUGAUAAGGUUUAGACCUCUAAUGAAUAUGCUGGAGUUUAGAGUAGAAUUAAAAUGGAUCUUGAACAAUAAAAGUUAAAAAAACUUGAAACUCCUUAUUUUACAACAGGAAAAGCUUCGUAUCCUAAAUAUAAACCUCCAAAGCAAAAGAAAGUAGAUCCUGAAGAAGAAAAAAAGAAUAGGACUAAAAAUUUUUUAAAGAAGUCUUUGCCCUCAGUCAGCUUACCUCCUAUAAAUUAAAAAAAACCUGCAAUUAAAUCAGGUAGUGCUGACAAUUCUAGUGUGAAUGGGUCAGAAAGAGAAAAUAAAAAGAGCAAUCCAUUUAUCAGUAGAGCUGCUUCAGUGACUACCUCAGCAUCUACUGACAACCUUAGUGAAAAAAUAUCAGCUUAAAAUGUGGAUUUAUCUAAUAUAAUAGGAGAUGAUCAUUCUCAAGAUUCUAAUAAACACUAUAAAAAACCUUUUUCAGAUAAAAGCAUUAGCAACGAUUUCACCUAAAAUCAAUAAUAAGGAGAAAUUAUAUAGGAAGAAAUAAAUGAGAACAAUAAUGAAAGCGAUGCUGAGUAACACCAAAAAAUUAUACCUGGAUAACCAAGAAAAAUAACUAAGGGAGAGUUAUUUAGAAUUAAAAGUACAAGAAGUGCAACUUCCGAUAAAAGCAGUAACAGUUAAAUGGGUGAAUCUGUAACUCCAUCUAAAUUUGAUUUUUCAGACAAUCCAUAGCAAUUUAUAGAGGAAGAUAUAAGUAAUUAAGAAUCUAAUAAUGAACUAAGAGAUAAAUUAAUUAAAACAAAAAGCAGAUCUUCUCUUCACUCUCUCAAGAAUACUGUGAUUGUUGAAGAUUAAACCAAAAACUAAAUCGUAGAAAAGAAUGACUAAGAAAUAAACAGAAAAGUCGAUGAUUAAAAUUUAAAAAUAAAUAAUAAUGAUUAAAAUAUUUAUAUAAGUAAUGAGGAUUAGCAUAAUUCAAAUGAUUUAGCCAUAAUUAACAGCAACAAAAAUAAUAAUAAUAAUAAUGACAAAUAAAAACAAAAUACACAUCCUAUUAUACCAUCAAUUAUACCACCUGAAAAAGAAGGAAUUCUUUCAAUUAAAACUAUUUUAAAUUAAGAUGAAAAUUAAAAUAACAAUGUUAUAUAAAGAAGAGAGGCUGAUGAAAAUCCAACUGAUUCUGAAGAUGAUCUUAACGAAGAAGAGAGGUUGCUUUUAUACAAUAAGUAGCCAUCUGAUGAUAAUGUUCAAAUAAAAAAUGAAGAAAAAUCAAAAGAACAUUAAACCUCUGAUGGAGAGUUUUUAGAGAGCCACUUAGAAGACUAGGAAAAGGAACUUUUACAAAAUAAUAGUAGAAAAGGAUCAAUAAAAGAAUUAAGUUAAAAAAAUUUCGAUUAAAAGUAACUGAUAAAUCACAAUAAACAUUCUAAGUCUAAAACUGACAUAUAUUAAUAAGACGAAAAAGAAGAUAAAUAAGAAGAAGAGGAGGAUUACUAAGGUGAAGACUAAUUAGAUGAAGACGAAUAACUUUUAUUAAAUAAUUAAAACUAAGAGAAAGGUAAAGAAUAUGAACUAAUUGAAAAAUAUGAAAAAGAUAGCAAAUAAAUUGUUAUUAAUGCUAAAAAAAUAUUAGAAAACAGAGGGAUUAACGAGUAGCUAAAAAAUAGAAUGGAAAAACUUCUCAAUAACUUUUAGCAAAAUGAAAAAUAAGUUUAAGAAAUUGAAUAAAGCUUUAAUGAAAGUGAAGAAUAGCAUAAAAAGCAUUCAGAAGAAGUUAAGAAAAAUAAGAACUAGAUAUUUGGAGUACCCUCUAAAAAAAAACCUGAGUCACCUUUAACAACGGGAAAUGCUAAUAAAAUUGCAUCUAAAAAAGAGAAUGAAUAUAAUAAAGGAGUAAACACUUAGGAUCCUAAAGGAAAGAAAGAAGUUAAAACCCAAGGAAAUGAUCAGGCUAAUCAGCAAAAGAGCAAGGAAGAAAGGACUGGAAAUGAUAUAACAAAUAAUACUGAAAAAAAAUAAAAUUAACUGAAAGGUAAUCCAAAUGCAGUUUCAAAAUCAGGAGAAAAAAAAUUAAAAAGCAAAGAGGAGCUUGAAUUAGAAGCUUUAUAAGUUGAGUAAGAAUAAUUCCUAAAAGAGCAAAAGCAAAUAAUGAAGAAAAAAGCAACUGCUACAGCUGCACCUAAACCUCCAAGUAUGACUAGCAAAUUAUUAAUGAAAAUGAUGAAAGAAAUUAGUGAUGAUAAUUUAAUUGAUUAUACAUAAACUAUACCUUCUUUCUUUCACUUAUUUUCAGGAUAUUACAAUUAGAUAUGGAGUCAGAAUAAUCCCAUGAUGGGCGGAAAUGUAGGAAGCUCUAUUAAUAUAAAUAUUGCUGGCGGUGGAGGAGUUAAUUUUUGCUUGAUAGAUGCCAUGAGGGAUAUCUAUUCAUUAUUUUAAUAGCAUGUCGAAAAGGUAGAUAAUGCUGAUAAAGGAUUACUUAGAUAUAAAUAAGUAGUUACACCUCUUGAGGUGCUUCCUUCAGAAGUAUACUAUGUUAAUGAUCCAUAAAAGGUUAUAGUUUACUAAAACAGAGUUGAUAUAGACAUUAAGAAGUUUAUAGAAAGACAAAUUAUUUUUACCUAGCGUAUGAAUGGAGAGAAUUUUGCAGGUCACUUGCUGCCACAUGAAGAGUUUUACUAUCGUGUUGUUAAAAGCAAACCUGAAGUUUAUGAUAUUAUCACUCGUUCUUUUAUGAGAAAGAAAGAUUGGUUUGAAUUACCUCAUGGUUUACAACUAAGAACAUCAUGGAAUCUUUUGUGGACUUGGAGCAAGCCAUAGAUAGAUUUUAAUAAAUUGCUACUUUUUUAAAAAGUAAAUCAUUUUCCAUUCAACAAAAACCUAGUUCGUAAAGAUCUACUAAAAAAGAACUUUGAACGUAUUACUAAAUUAGGCUAAAAAGCAGCUCAAGCAUUCAACAUUUUACCUCUAACGUUUGUGCUUCCAAAAGAAUAUUGUAAUUUUUCUGAAAGAUUUUAUGAAGAAAUGUUGCGAGAAGGCGAAAAUAAUAUUUGGAUUAUGAAACCUGUUGGUAAAUCAUAGGGCAGAGGUAUUUCAUUAGUAAAUGACAUAGCAUAAGUAGUAUAUGCAGAGCCAGUUGUAGUAUAAAAAUAUAUGAAAGACCCACUGCUUCUUGAUGGUUAUAAAUUUGAUAUGCGUAUUUAUGCAUUAAUUACUCAUAUGAAACCAUUAGAAGCUUUUGUAUAUAAAGAGGGUUUUGCUCGUCUUAGUACUGAAAAAUAUUAAUUAAAUGCUCAAACAAUAAAAAAUAAUUAGAUUCAUUUAACUAACUUCAGUAUACAAAAGCAUCAUUAUGAUCCUGCCUCAAAUAACAAUUUUAUUGGUGGAACAAAAAUAUCUCUGAAAAUGCUUCAAGAGAAAUUCCGCUAGAAAGGUAUAGAUUGGGAUAAAAUAUGGAUUUAAGUGUAGGAAAUUAUAGUAAAAAGUGUUUUAGCAUGCCAAGCAGACAUUCCUAAUAAUCCUAACUGUUUUGAAAUAUUUGGAUAUGAUAUAAUUAUUGACUCAUCCUUAAAAUGUUGCUUAUUAGAAAUUAAUUCCUCCCCAUCUCUUGCAAGAGAUUUUAUAAUAGAUGAUUUAAUAAAAUAGUAAAUGAUUGAUGAUGCAAUAGAUUUAGUUUCACCAGUUUAAUUUGAUCGACUUCGCCUUUUGGAAGUAUUAGAUCGCCGUAUUCGUGAAGAGUAAGGUAAUAAAAGUAAUAUAAACACAACUAAUAACUCAAAGUUGCAACUUAAUAGAGACCUUAAUUAUAUUCUCCGUGGACAAAAGCUGAGACAAUUUGGUGAAACACCAUCUUACUUAGGUCAAUGGUAAAAAGUGGCUCCAACAGAAAUGUCAGAUAAAUAUUUAAAAAUAAUUUAAAGUUAUAAAUUACCUUCAGUGAGAUAAAAUACAGCAAAUGCAGCUAAUAAUAAUAAUACUAUAGAUUGA